AGCACAUUUCCGGAAUCAGAAUUUCACUUUCAUUUCAUAAAACGCAAAAUACAAAGUUAAGAAGCUUAUUAAAGAUAGCCAUGUGUGAUGUCACAUGAUGAUGAAUAGCAAUUGAUUCUUUCAUGAACAACAAAAACAACAGCUGAAAUGAAUUUUCACCCUAAUGCUAUGGCAACCCACCAAAUACCUGGUGCCGGUAGAAACUAUGCCUACAUAAGACAGCCAAUGGUUGGUAAUCCCGCAGGUCUUUCAGCAUAUCCUCUAAAUCUGAUGCAGGCAAUGCAACCGAAUCAGGCUGUUUUGUCUGGAAGCCCUAUGAUGCUCCAACAUCCAAAUAUUGCUCAACCUGGCCAGGUUUUGUUGAGACAGGGGCAACCUUUACUUUUAAGACAACCUGGGACAAAUCUGUUACAGCAGCAGGCUCAAGGAUAUGUACACAAUGGAAUGUCUGAAGUUCCCGUAAGUGGGAUACUUAGUUCAAGAUAUAACUUCACUCCACAGGGACAGAGUGGUAUAAAAGUCAAUGCUCUGAUUGGACCACGAGUCAAUAUCAAUCCACAAGGACAAGCCCAGUUAAUAAAUGCCAGGGUUAACCUGAAUUCUCCUCAGCAGGCAGGAAAUGGUGCCUUGGUUAGGAAUUUAAUCGGAAACAACAUCCAGAUUCCAAGGCCAGCAUUUGUUCUUCAAAAUGGUCAGAAUAUGUUUACAACUACUGUAAGCAAUUCAUCUCUACAGACUCAUACUGUGGUGUCCAGUUCUAGUGUGUCUCAGACAGAGGUAGUGCAGUCUGAAUCCAACCUAAGUCCCCAAGAAGAAAGUGCCUCCCCUCAUCCAACCAUAUCCACAGAGAAUAGUGGACCUAUCCCCGAAACCUCAAUCAGUUCCCCACCCUGUUCUGGUUCUACCACAGAAAAUCCAAGCAAUAUCCCAAAGUGUAGUGAAACUACCAUAGUGUCUAUUGCUGAUACAUCCCCAAGCAACCAGGGAUCAAAACUUGUCAUUCCAACUGAAACCCGAGUUCUGCAUAGAGAAAAACCUUAUGAUAAAAUAAUACGCCCUAAUUAUAUUGCACUAACCGAUCCCAACAACCAUACAAGCAAUAAAAAGGAUUCUAAAGAUCUGUUGAUAGAAAGUUUACAAAAAGAAUUACAAAGGCUGCAGAAGGAGAACUCAGAACUGAAAGUGGAAAACCAGAGAUUGAAAGGAGAAGAGCCUGAGCCAGAGAAACAGAGUGCAGCUACACUCUCAGACUCAUUACUAGUCAGCAUAACCCCAGGGGAGGGAAAUACCGAGGAGGAAGAAAUUGACGAGGAGGCAUUGUUAAAUACUGACAGUCACACAGACGACAAAGACACAUUAGGUGCUAGCCCUGAACAUCCAGAAAAUUCAAUCAAGGGACAGAUCUCCAACAAACAAAUGAACUCUGAUACAUUGAAAUCUGUCGUGGAAACAAACAGUGCUGUAACCAGUUCUCAGAAUCUGGUCAACUCAGAAUCCGACCCUUCUGCUGAAAAGAAAGAUACAGAAGCAUCAACCUUGGUGAAAACCAAGUGAAGUAGCUAUUCCCAGAGUCAUGACAGUCGUACAUUGAGAUUGCAAUAUGUAUAGAUGUUGCCAUGAUAUUAUGUGAUUAGACAUGAAUACAGCUCUCUGUAAAGUUUAUAUAGUUUGAAUUUAUAUUUGCAUGUGCUCUUUGAUAAAUAUUUGUUGUUUUUACAAAGAUUGUUCAAUGUGAUAAUUCACAUUUAAAGUUUUUCUUAUAUUUAUGAGAGAAAGUUUAAAGAUGUAUUUUUAUAUUUCAUUAGCAGUAGAAAAAUUAUUCGAACUUUCUGGUAGGAUUUAAGCAUUUUAUUGAUUUCGGAUGAAAGCUUUGACAUUACCAGGAACCUUCAAGGUAUUUUGUUUCUGAAUUUAGGAUAAUCAUACGCCUUCAGGUUAGUGUUAUGUAAUAGUGAGUUCAUUUGAGACUAAAGCUUUGUUGUGUGCAUUGGUGACGUUUUAUGUGGUAAACACUUACUGAAUGAUUAUGAAAUGAAUAUUAAGGGCUUGUACAUGUUUUUAUAUACAUGUAAAUGUUUUGUGCUAUUAAUUAGUAAGGGCAAUGUCAGAGAAGUACAGAAUAUUAAUUUCAGGGUUGAAUAUUACUACUUAAUCAUGUAAAGGUACUGAUGAAAACCCAAGAUUUGUACAAAUGGGUGAUAAAUAUUUUUAAAUACCUUUUUAUAAACUUAGCUGUGAUGAACUGGCUACAGAAUUUCAGGAUGUGAUCUAUUAUUUCUUUUUAUAUGAAUAGCCUGUAAGCUGAUUACCCGUACAUUUAAGUUGAAAUAUAGCAAACCCUAAUAGUGAUGCUUCAUUGUUCCCACUCUUCACUUAAUUUAAUUAAAAGAGAGAAGGACCCUUUAUCUGAAAAAAAAACUUUAUAAUGACAAUAUUCAAACAGAAGACAUAGAGAAGAAUUAAAUUCCAGCAAAUUCAGUUUAUCAAAUGAGACAAAAUUUUGAACAUUGUGAAAAUGAAAAUUAUACUGUAAUUGUUAGAGUUGCCUUUCUUGGCACACAUUUCAUUUUUUGUUUUUGAUGUUUCAUUAUUUGCCUUACAGUACUUGGUUUCAAGAAAAUUAUUCUCCUACAAACAUAGCAUUUAUAUUGUGUUUUGCCAUCAAAAUGUUGUUCUGUACAUAUUCUCUUUUUUUCUGAUUGUAUCAGACUAUUUUUAUCUUUGAUUUAGAAUGUUCUUUUCUACUAGACAAACUUUUUAAUUUACAGUUCUAAGUUUCAACCAAAACUUUAAUGGUUACCAAAAACAUUUUUUUUUUCUACAUUUUUUUCUUUGUAUAUUUUUCUAUCAGAUUACUUUAUGGCAAUUCAAAACAAUAUUUAUAUUCAGGAUACAUAAAAGGAAUCAGCACUACUUUAAAAAGUUUUUGAUUUCCAUUGUAAGGAAAUAGCACAGUCUGGACUCUAGGUUCACUGAUAUUUUAGUAUCUCUUAGUUUGAUUCUGCAGCUUUGCCAUUAGCAUAGACUUUAUUCAGCUACUAGUAAUAUGUUUAGUUAAUGGUUUCAUAUCAGUUCAUAAAAAAAUGCUGAUUUUGGUGGUGUUCAAGGAUUCAGCUACAUUGUAUAUAAUGGUUGCAGAAGUUGGCUCAUAUAGAUUUAUUUUUUUCACAUGUCUACCUUUAUUUGUAAGGUGUCGGAGAGGACAUUUUUAUGUUUAAGAAAAAUAAUAUCCUGACCCCAAAUGAAUUUUCUUUCAAUUCGAAAAAAAAAUUAGAAUAAGAAAAGUUGUUGAAUUUAGCAUCUUUACAUUUGACUUAGCAGCCAUUUUGGACUUAAGCAAUAUUGCCAAUUUCAGAUGUUUUUUUUUUUUCUAAACUGAUGUGUGCCAUUCGAUUAUUUCAUCUUGCUUUUAUUGCUUGCUUUCAACAGAGUAGCUACUUUGUAAAAGUUAGAGAUCAAGUCUUCUGUCGUAUAAUGUAAAAUUCUUGGUUUGAUUAGAGUUUGUUUUAAAGCUUUUUUAUGUCUUGGCAAGGUAGUCUUAGUUAUCAAGAUUCAUAACAUUGUUUUAUUUCUGUAAACAAAGCCCGAUUGAACACAUAUUUAAUUACUAGUAUCUUAAAAAGGGGGGUGUUACUUACAAAAAAUACAAAGCAUAGCUUCACAGAGAUUAAAUGAACUUGAUUACUUGAACAUUGAAAUAUUUACUUAUCUAUCAGGGUGCCAUUCUACCACAAUAAGUCUUCAAUUCUGUUCAAAAUUAUGGAUUCAGAUUUGAAUUUUACAGUCUGUGAGUACAGAGGUUUCUACAGUUUUUAUGAUGGGUGCAUUCAGUGUAGAAAGAAUUGACUUCAGUGGUCAAAAGUUUUACAAUCACUAGUUGUGUAAGUUAAUUGAUUACUGGAAAUCUGUAAACUUUCAUAAUGAAAUUGGGGGGGGGGGCUAUUAUUAUUUCAGUCUGUGACUUACAUUAGAACAAAGUCUAUAUUUUUGUUGUACUUUGGAAUUUUUUUUAAACCUUACCUUACGACAUCGAAUUGUAUAAUAGAAAAAUACAUAGAUAUUUGAAAUUGUUCUUUGGUUAUACCGGUAGAUAUGGUGUUUGUAUUAACUUAUACUCUCUGAAACACAUUAUUAUCUUUAAAUAAGAUUUGAUUGGAUUUAUAUUUACCCACAACAGAAUUUAUGUGCAUAAUUUUAUCUUAUUUUUCUCUGACUAUUUUUAUCUAGCUGGAAUUUUAUGUAACAUUACUGGUAGAUGAUUUUUUCCCUUGAUUUUUUUAUGCAAUACGGGCAAAGGAAACACAUUUCUAAUUAAUUUUUCUUUUCAAAAUUUGUCCGCUUUCUCCAUGUCCUUCAGGUUAUGGGGAUUUAUGUUAGUCUAUUAAUGAUGGAUUUAAAAGAAAUUGCAAAAACCCAUGGAAAGGAAAUGUUAUCUUUGUAGUGUAGACUUAAGAUUUAAGCAAAUGUGGGAUAACAACAGCAGGUCAAAGUUUAACAUAGGAAUAUGCAGAGAUUGAUACAUGUGUAUUCAUUUGACAAUGAGAAUGGUUACUCAGGUGAGCGUUGUGGCCCAUGAGCCUCUUGUUAGAGGGUUAUUCUAUGCCUCGACUAAAUAAUGGAUAUGUUCUUUUACUAAAGAUGUUUUAGCACAUUUUUUUAUUAUACCGUUCGUAUCUGGUAGUUUUUUUUUUUUUUGUGUAAUUUUCAAUUACUGAAGUGGUUCCAUGACAUCAUAUUGAGAACUCUUUUGACUGUUGUUUUCUAAUCAGUAGCCAAUAAAAAAGUGUUCACAAAAAUUA